AUGGCACCACCCGAUGGUGGAUACGGAUGGGUGGUCGUCGGAGCCUGCUUCCUCAACAACUUUUCGAUGCUGGGGAUUAUGUUCUCCUGGGGCAUCUUCCAGCAGCUGUACAAGGACGAGGUGUUUCCAGGCCAGACAUCUGCAGUGUCUUGGAUUGGAACGUUGGCGUUUGGAUUCAUGUAUAUUGUGGGCGGAGUCUUCUCGCUGUUUGCGGCCAAAAUCGGGUACCGCAAGAUGAUCUUCAUGGGUUCAUUCUUUGUUGCUGGAGGAUGUGUGGGUGCCUCCUUUGCCACUCAGGUCUGGCACCUGUACCUUACCCAAGGUAUCCUCUACGGUCUGGGAGCUGCAAUGGCAAACCCCUGUGUCUUGUCCGCCCCCUCCCAAUGGUUCGUCAUCCGUCGCGGCAUGGCCUCUGGUAUCGCCAUCUCUGGAUCGGGCGUCGGAGGCCUUGUCUUUUCGGUCCUGAUCGAGAGGCUGAACGCGUCGAUCGGCCACCGCUGGUGUCUCCGUGUUCUGGGAAUCAUUGUCUGGUGCUCGAUGAUCAUUUGUGCCAUCCUGAUCCGCCAAUUCUCGCCCAAGGGUGCCCAGGCUGUCAAUGUCUCGAUGAAGGAUAUUGAGACCAUGCGGAAACCAGCCUUCUUACUCCUCCUCUCGGGAGUCUUGCUGACUUCCUUUGGUUACUUCUCACCUCUUAACCUCUUGCCCUCCUAUGCGGUAGAUCAUAACCUCACACGCGGUCAAGGAGCAAUGCUGAACUCAUUCUUGAACGGCGCCUCCUUCUUUGGUCGAUUCGCUGGCGGAAUCUUUGGGGACCGAUUCGGACUGGUCAACCUAACCGUAUUCUGCGUCGGCGCUAGUGCUCUGACCACCCUUGUGAUCUGGAUGUUUGCGACGACCCUCCCUGUCCUCCUAGUCUAUGUCAUCCUCUAUGGACUCAUGGGCGGUGGAUUCAUCUCCCUCUUGGCGCCCGUCCUGGCUGAGCAGUUUGGUACCGGUUCGUUGACCAUCCUGGUGGGGAUCACGUUUGGAGUCAAUGGGUUGGGGUCAUUGUUGGGCACGCCUAUCGCGACUGCGAUCUUGGCUAGUCUCGGAGGGGAUAUGGUUGAUGGAGUUGCGCCUAACUCUGAUAAGGGCUACCGAGGUGCCGUGGGGUUCAUUGGAGGGGUUAUGGCAGUUGGUGCCUGUAUGCUCUUCUUGCUUAAGCUUAAAGUUGGUGGCAAACGUCAAGCUGUCGCCUAA